CGCGCCGUGAGGCUGAGGCCGUGGAGUAGCAGCCGGCAGACGAAACUCAGUCUCGGCUUGUCCGCCCCGCGCUGCGCACGGCAUUCGACCACGCUCCUGAUUUCGCGCCCGAAGCUGUGACGUCGAGUGCUUCACUUGAGCAACAUCGAGGGACUAAAGUUGCUAGCAAGAUUGACGACGCGGGGAGUAUGUCCGUGGAAGACCUGUCCGACGAUGUCCUGCACCACAUCUUCGCGCUGGCGGGGCCCGAGGCCGUGCUGUACUCCGUGUACGGCGUCUGCCGCCGGUGGCGGAAGGUGGCCAUGGACGCGCGACUGUGGAGCCGCGUGUGCGUGUCGUUCGACGAGACGCCGGACAGACCCUGGGAGCCGCAGACGCGGCCACUGGGGGGCGGGGCGCUGUGGCUGCGCAUCGUGGAGAAGAAGCGUGGCGCGGGCGCGAUGCGCCGUGUGCUGCUGCGCGCGCCGUGCCUGCGCAGGCUCGAGUUGUCGCUCAAGCUGCGGCCCCCUGAGGACCUGCUGAACGCGCUUGGUGCCGCGUGCGACGUGCCCAUCCAGGAGCUCGCCAUGCUGCGCGUCCCCAAGGAGCUGGCGCUGCCCCUGAUCCGCGCGCAGGCCGACACGCUCCGCGCGCUGGAGUGGCGACAGCCGAAGCAGGACCUUCGGAUAGCAGACACGGAGGACUACAUUUACAGUGACGGCGACGGCAUGCCCUACAUGCCAGACGACGUGUGGAAGACGCUGGCACGCCUGUCGCUAAGGGAGCUCGUCGUGGACUGGACGUGGUCCACCGGCAUGCUGGCCCAUUGGUGGUGGUCCACGGAGCCGUGGGUCGCCCGCCACGCUGCUCAGUGUGGGUACAGUUACAGCGAGGACGUGAACGAGGUCAUGUCAACCGAGCUCACCAAAUUCCAUCUGCACCUGACGGAGGAGCGAAACGACAGUCUGCAGCGGUGGCAGCGCACAGUGGCGUGGCCGCUGCUUCGCGCCAACGCGGCCCACCUGCGCGAGCUGCACCUGCGCCUCGCCCCGUUGCCGUCCCUGGAGGGCCUGAGCUUCCCCUCGCUGCGCGUCGUGACCGUGCCGCUCAAGAUGGACCUGCGUCCGCUGCUGGGCUGCAGGGCCCUGAGGGACGUGACGCUACUGGGUGACGAGGCGUACCACACCUGUGACGCCACUGGGGACGGCACUCGCAAGAGCGUGAGCUUCCUCAACGCGUGUGCGCACCCCGACAGUGGCCUGCCGCUCGAGGCGCUGGGCCUGGAGGGCUUCAGCAAGUACAGCACGCCCCAGCUGCCCGGGGCGGCGGCCAAGCUCACCAGCCUGCGUGAACUGCGCUUCAUCAAGUGCGACUUCCGCGGCUGCGAUGGCUCGUUCUACGCGCUGGCGAAGGCGCUGGGCAAGCUGGGCGAGCUGCGUCGCCUGGAGGUCGGCUACGCCACUGACAUCCCCCUCGGCGCUCUGAAGCGCCUCGGUGCGGCGAUGCCGCCCACACUGCGCUGGCUGCGCCUGGACAUCUACCACGAGUGCGAGCGCCAGGAAGCGGAGAUCCGCGAGGUGGUGGCCGCCCACCCGGGGCUGCACGUGGUCAGGACGUCCCCGACGAUGGCGGACUACCGGCAGCUGUGCCCCGACCGCUGCGAGACCCUGCACGCCGGCCGCUGCGGAGCCAAGAUCGUGGCCAACCACAGCAACCUCGUCGCCGACCCGCCGCAAGGCCAGGCAACGGGUCGCGGAGGGAGGUCCCGUCGCCCCAGUCGAGGCCGUGGGGGCCGAGGCCGGAACGUGGACUGCGCCGAGUGCGCGUCGGUGCUGCGCUACCAGCGCACCUCGCUCACCGAGGUGGACAGCACGGCGUCGUCAAGCAGCCAGGCUCCUCAGGACAACCCCGACGACCCUGAGGAGGAAUCGGAGGACUCCGCCCACCCGUCGUGCUGCAGGGCCCACUCAAGGGACGAAUGGUUCUAGCGGCAGCGAAGACCAACGAGAUAUCUGUGCGUGUUGUCACGCGGAGGAGCAGCACAUCGCUCUGCAUGCUAACCAUUUUCGGCAAGGGCAAGCCUAGUUUUAUGAAAACGUUCGCUCGCUUAACUUUUUCAAUGAAGUAUUUUCGAUUAUUUGUUGGAUUCAUUUGAAUUUAUAACCUGCUUUAGAUAUCGUUUCACAAUUAGUAUAACAAUUAGUAAAGGUAGCCGCCUUUUCAUUUAUGUAUUGUGAACUAGCUUUCUGGUUAAUCGUACAUUUCUAUUCUGUAUUCUGACCACCGUUUUCUGUGGAAAUAAACGGUUUGUUUUUAACUUUUCAGUAAGUUUCACUGAA